AACAAUCUGGCUAGCGCUUCAAUCUGCCGCUCUACUCUAAAUAGACGAAAACAGCAAAAAGGAUAUUAUAGAACAAGCUAGCAGUUAUUUUAUAGAAUGAAACUGGACCAUGGAAGGAGAAGAAAUAUAAAGAUGGGAUAAGACAGAUGUAACUAUGGACAGUAGUGAUCCAGUCACCAAUAUCACAGAUAUCACAGAAACAACCGCUUUAGCAUCCAAUACCAGCAUUACAACGCCAUUCUGGAAACCCCAUGACGAUGAUUCCUCUGGUCACGGAAUUAAAGACCAUACAGUUUUUGUAUCGUUGGUUGUCAUGGGGAUUAUUGUGCCAGCCAUCUUUAUUUUUAUAUUUACAAUGAUUUGUAUUAAACAUAGGAAAACCAAACAGACAAGAAGAUCAACCAUGUUAUUAAGAAACGGCCCUGACAUUCCCAUGGAUGAUAUUCCUCUGUCUAUCAGAACAAAUCUAGAAAAUGGCCGACUGUAAGUCAUAUAUACAGCAGCCAUCUUGAGAGAGACAGAUUGAGGACUAUGAAUGUCAGAAAACAUUUAAAAUGUAAAAAACAUCAUAUGUUCUCAUGAGCUAAAAUAUUUUGCUUUUAAAACCUGGUUGUACUAUUUUUAGAAUGUGAUUUUUAUUUUAUUUUUUUAUAAUUUUUAGUCUAGUCUACAUAUAUAUAUAUUUAUGCAAUACAUG